AUGAAGCGGGUCCUGAGAAAAGUGACUUCGUUGCCUUUGAUCUUUGCAAGUGUAGACGAGAACCCCGGGACGGCCCCGGCGAACCUGGACUGCUGGGUUCACGACGUGGACUUCAUGAGCUGCGAGUGGGCAGUGGGCAGGACGGCCCCCGGCGACGUCCAGUACCGCCUCUACUGGAAGGACGCCCGCGAGUACCGAGAGUGUGGGCACUACCAGACCGACAGCCGGGGCAGGCACGUGGGGUGUCGCUUCAGUGGCAUCUCCAAGUACCCCCGGAGCUUUGUGGUCAUGGUGAACGGGACCAGCGCGCUGUCCGCCAUCUCCUGCAGUGACUGCUUUGCAGAUUUAUAUGAGAUUGGUCAGUAAGGACGGGGACGGUGC